AUGUCCAGUCCCAAGUCUCUCAAGAAAGAAACAACUAGUUUAUCUAUCACUAGUACAGAGGUUGAUACCAAAACAACUACACUAAAAGUAGAAUCCGCCACCGUUGCUUCCACAUCUCUCAAACGUUCCGCCGAGCAACUCUCUGAAUUCGAAGGGGAGGCGAAUGUAAGCGAAGAGAGAGCAACGAAAGUUCAGAAGAGUGCGAAGAUUCCUGCUAUGUUUCUUCCUCGCUCGGCCGUUGCUCAAGCGAGCACGGCGUUCAAGUGGCUGCCUGCACUGGCGCUCCCAGCUCAUCAACCAAGGCAACUUCUCCCUAUUAUAUCCGGGCCUUCAACCAGCACCACAAAGGGUGAUAUCCCUCAAGUUGGUCCAGCAACAUGUUUGUACGGGAUUCAUUUAGAACAGAAAGCGACUUCCAAGGUAGCAAUGUUCGAUCUGGACGAUACACUCAUCACUCGCAAGAGCGGGAAAAAGUUCUCUGAUGACUCGGAUGACUGGAAGCUUUGGACUACGAAUGUUGGAGAGAAACUCCGCAACGCAGUCUCGGACGGGUUCUCGAUCGUUGUAAUCACUAACCAGGCUGGAUUACCCGUCAAAGGCCGCGAAGCUAAAUGGAAACAGAAGAUUCCACAAAUCGCUCAAUCCGCAAAUGCUUCGUACUUUGUUGGGGACGCAGCUGGGAGGACCAAGCCUAAAGAUCACAGUGCGGUUGAUCGAAAGCUAGCACACAACAUGGGCAUUCAAUUUUAUACCCCUGAUCAAUUCUUCAAGGAGCGGAAAGAAAAGCUACCGCCGUUGCUUGGGUUUCAUCCAUCCAAACUCGAGGCCAAAGAUCUCAUGCCAUCGCUAAUAUCGCCUUCUACGACUCCCGAGAUAGUUGUCUUUGUUGGCUCCCCAGGCUGCGGUAAAUCGAGCGUAUUUAAGAAACAGUUCGCCCCUGUGGGAUAUGUUCAUGUCAACCAGAUACACUCAAAGACAAGAAGAGACAACACAAAUCGCGAUAAGGCCACCCGGGCUGAAUACAUUGGAAUCGCUAAACGCCUGAAAUGCCCAGUACGGUGUGUGUGGUUUGACGUAGCUCCUGAACUUGCGUGGCACAACAAUAUGUACCGUGCGUUCCAUCAACGGGUUCCAGAUGUCGAAAGUUCUACUGUACUUGAAACAUCGGCGGCAACAGUAAUCGAGGGUGGCGACAAGGAACUUGGGUCAGAUAUCACGACUACGACUACAACCAAAGCCACGACCAUAGCAUCCAGUGCUCCACGGAAACUGGUCCCGUGGAUAGCAUACACUACGUUUCGUUCGCAUUUCCAGGAACCAGAGUCAUCUGAAGGAUUUGACAAAAUAGACCGGGUUGGGUUCGUUUUCGAAGGGAGCGAGGAAGAAAGGGAGAGGUGGGACACUUACAUGGAACUAUAA